AUACGUGCAUGGUAUCUAUUGCUGUUUUUACUUCUUUCUGAAGAAUAAAUAUGUAUGUGUACAUACAUAUGUACAGAACAAUAAGAUACAGAGUGGCUGUAAAUAAUUGUGGAAAAAAAUACCUUACAUGUGCUGACGAAAAUAUACAUAUAUAUAACGAGAAGAUGGUAACAGCUGAGCCACAACUUGAGUCGUGAGACCAAAGCAGUUGUUACGGUAUGGUAUUAAGCAAGUUAUCGUCUGCAAUGGCCCCCCUACCUGCCUACGUAUACGACAUAUGACCUUAAUGUAAAAGGUGUUCGUUGAAGGAGGUAAUCGUCGUUUAUCCCACGAGCGAGUAUGUAAUGCGUUACAACGGUAGCCUAAAAGAUAGACAAAAACAAUACUACAUUACUUAGUGUAUGACGAACAACCGCAUAAAAACGGGACGGUAUUAUUUUAAACUAUGGAUAAUUAUUUGUAAACUUAAUUUGUGCUUUAUAUAUACACAACAACAUCGAUUUACAGUGUCAACUUACUGCACAGUUAUACUCAGUAACUUAAUGAUUCUAAAAAAACACGCCCUGAAAUAGUUGCUGCGAUGAUAAUAUUCGACAUAAUUGGGGUUGGAGUUGUACUGUACGCAAUUAGUUUUCUUAUUUUGCUGUGUUUUGUUAAUUGUGAUCUUCGUCUGGCGUUCUAUGAAAAAUUAGGAAGAUCCUUGGGUCGUAUGCGAGGAAAUGUGGUAUUUAUUGUCGGUGCAUCGUCCGGGAUAGGGGAGCAUACAGCUAUAAUACUCGCUAAAAAUGGAGUCAAACUAGUACUUGCAGCUAGAAGACUAAAUGAGUUAGAACGAGUAAAAGCCCUUUGUCUGAAUAGUUCUGAAGGUAAAUUAACAACAAACGACAUUCUCGUUAUUCAAAUGGACAUUCUGGACAUAUACUCCCACAAGAAAUAUUUCGAUCAAGCACUAAGACAUUUUGGCCAUAUUGACAUUUUAUUUAAUAACGUAGGCCGAGGUCAAAGGGCAGUAUUUGAAAUAAUCGAAGCUAGUGUGGACAAGCAAAUUUUUGACUUGAAUGUAUUCUCUACUGUCCACUUAUCACGUGUAGCAGUAAAUUACUUCAUUAAUCGUGGAGUUGGUCACAUUGCUGUAACAUCAAGUUUAGCAAGCAUUAUGGGGGGUCCCUUUGCCAGUUCUGCAACAGCUUCAAAGGCAGCCCUUAAUGUAAGUACUAAUGAAAAUACAAUUAUUUUCAAAACGAUUUCAAAAAGGUUUUUUUUAUAUUUUUUAUUUAAUGUGAUACUAAUUGUAAUCCAUAAUAGGUACUUUUUUCGCAUUUUAGAUAGUUCUGAAGGUAAAUUAACAACAAACGACAUUCUCGUUAUUCAAAUGGACAUUCUGGACAUAUACUCCCACAAGAAAUAUUUCGAUCAAGCACUAAGACAUUUUGGCCAUAUUGACAUUUUAUUUAAUAACGUAGGCCGAGGUCAAAGGGCAGUAUUUGAAAUAAUCGAAGCUAGUGUGGACAAGCAAAUUUUUGACUUGAAUGUAUUCUCUACUGUCCACUUAUCACGUGUAGCAGUAAAUUACUUCAUUAAUCGUGGAGUUGGUCACAUUGCUGUAACAUCAAGUUUAGCAAGCAUUAUGGGGGGUCCCUUUGCCAGUUCUGCAACAGCUUCAAAGGCAGCCCUUAAUGGCUACUUUAGAAGUUUGCGAGCUGAAAUGGUAGGUAAGAACGUAGCUGUUUCACUUAUAUGUCCAGGACCAGUUUCUACAAACUACGAAGAAAAAAGUUUUACUGACAGAGCGGGGGAGGUUUAUGGGGUACAAGCAACUGGAAAAAUGAUGGGAACUGAACGAUGCGGCAAACUUUGCGCAGUUACUUUCGCAAAUCGACUUGACGAAGUAUGGAUCUCAAAGUUUCACCACUUAUUUAUGUCCUAUAUGGCGGUUUAUUUCCCGUUAGUGUACAACGUAGUUCUAAAUCUAAUUGGACCCGACAAAAUGUUCAAGACUUAUGCCCCUAUAGAAGUAACGAAUAAUGUAAAUCGGCCAAGAAACAAAUAAAGGCACACGAAAAAAUGAAUAAACCUUAUUCAUGGUGUAUACAAGCGAUACAGCAGGUUAAUGAUAAUUUUUAUACAUACUUACAUAGUUUAUCGAAUAGUAAAGUCUAGUCAAGAUCGACUUCAACGUGUAUUACCGAAUAUAGGUACCUAAUUUUUCAAUAAGUGUAUAUUAGGUCUUAAGUAAAAUUAAAAUAAUUACCAAAUCAGAAAUGCAAUUGUAAAUAUUCCAGUGUUGUAUUACAUAUUUUUUAAUAAAUUCUCUAAAACUAAA